AUGUCCUCAAAAACAAAUAAUAAAGAAGAGUCAUCACAAACAACUUCAGUUUCACAGCAACUUGCUCGUCAAUUAGAAGCAGCUGCUGAAUCUGAUGAAGAAGAAAUUUCAGUUAAUGCUUCUGCUUUAAGUCUUGGUAUACGUGCUCAAAAAAAAUUACUAAGUAAAUUAUCAUCAAAAUCUGUAGCUAAAAUAUUUAUUGAUGAAACAAGUGGCCGUAUAUUAGAUAAUUUACAUAAAUUAGCACGUAAUUAUUCAGAACAUGAACUUAAAUUAAUUGAUGAAUUUCGUAAUCGUUUUCAUUCAUUAGCAAAAUCUAUAAUAACAUUAUAUGAAGUUGAUUUUAAAUUUGAUCGAUCUGUUUUAACACGUAUGUGUCAAGAAUGUCAAGAAUUAACACAUAAAAUUAUUUCAAAACAUUUAACACAAAAAUCUCAUACACGUAUUGAUUAUGUUUUUAAUUAUGUAUCAAAUAUUGAAUUUCUUGAAUAUUCAUUUAAUCCAAAUUCAACAAUAAAUCGUGCAAUUAUUAAAGAAAUUAUAGCCGAUAUGCAUACAUUGAUGGAUUCUGGUUUUCUUUAA